AUGAGUAUUGUGUAUACUCAAGCUCAUAACUAUUCUCAAGUUGAGCCAAACCUUAUUGAUACAAGCAUUAGUUUUUUCAAUCAACAAAUUUUCAGAAAUGAUAAUGAGCAAUACUAUUGUCCCUCCACAGGUUCAGAAAUGGAAACAAUGUUUACCAACUCUCAACAUUUGGCAGCCAAACAAGAAGAAAAUGACCCUUUUUUAUCACACUACAAUGGUCACUCUUCUUAUGUAUCAUCUUCAAAUCAGAUGAUUUACCAAACUAAGCAGAAUCAAGGAUUGCCUAAUGAUUUUGACGCUUCAUUUUUGGCUUCAGAGAAUUAUGACGCAGAAACUAACAUUGAUUCUUCUACUAAGAAUUGCUCCAAUCUCAUUAGGCACAAGACUUCCCCUCCUGGAUUUUUCUCCAAUUAUUCACUUCAUAAUGAUACUAUUAACAUGCCACAAAAUGUUCAAAAUGAAACACUUCAACCAAGUUGUAUUAACAGUAAAAACAUUGGAAAAUGGUACAUGCCUAGCUUCACUAGUAACAGUUGGGAUAGUUCUACAUUCAAUGCCCCAAAAACAUCCACUAUUAAUGGUGAAAUCAUGUUUUCCACCUCAAAUGCUUUGGAAUCUCAGGAAUUAAACUUUGGAUACCAAAAACUUGGUUUGAGCCACCAUUUGAGUCUACCGAGCUUUUCUACAAGGAUGACUAGUAUGGACAAGUAUUUUCACAUUAAAGGAUCUAUUCCAUGUAAAAUUCGUGCCAAAAGAGGCUUUGCCACUCACCCAAGAAGCAUUGCAGAAAGGGAACGAAGAAUAAGAAUUAGUGCAAGAAUCAAGAAAUUGCAAGACCUUUUCCCAAAUUCGAAUAAGCAAAGUAGCACAGCAGAUAUGUUGGAUGUAGCAGUUGAUUACAUUAAAGACCUUAGGAAACAACUUAAGAUAUUAAAGCAAAGUGCACUUGUAAAAGUAAUUAGAAGAAAUGUUUAG